CGUCCUUACAAAUGUGACUUUUGUCACAAAUCAUUCUAUCGUCUCGAACACAAGGUGCGCCAUGUUCGAACCCAUACUGGUGAAAAACCCCACGCCUGUACAUUCCCUCAAUGCGACAAAAAAUUCGCACGCUCCGAUGAACUCAAUCGACACAUUCGCGUCCACACU